CGGCCAGACAUCUGUAAGCCUGCAUAGUGUCUUUUUAAAUUGUGUGUUGCUCUGGCCGUUGAUGAUGCGAUGAACUGACUUGUUCCGAAAAUACAAUACGCUGUUGUUGAAGUCUACAGCAAUCGACCGACACUGUUAAUUCGAGAUUCUUUCUCCUUGUAGGUUCAGCCAAGCCAAGUCACGAAUUCCUCAUAGCGAUUUUUUUUAUGUUAGGAAUUCUUAAAAUUCUCUAAAAAUACGUUCAUGCCACAUUUUUUUAAUUGCUGCGUGUAGCCAUAGCCGUCUUGAAAUACGUAAUACAUAAUCAUUAGAAAUGGCCAUUUGUAAAUAUUUCUUACAAGGGCGUUGUGUUUAUGGAGCCCAAUGCAGGAACGAGCACUCUUACAGCUCAGAAAACAGACAUCCAAAUGUCUUUGCAAAUCCUCAGAAGGCUGUGUCAUUUGGCGGUGGCACUUCGGGAUCUGCAACCUCUCCCAUUAAUUAUGGGACUCUAAAGAGAACCUGUGAUGAGGAAGUGAGACUGACACAAGGUGGAAAGCAAUGGCCUUUUUCCUGCUUUUGCCCGCUGAAAGAGGCAGGAAACAUUCCAGAGCUUGACGAUUUAUCUCCGGAAGAGUUGAGGUUUGACGCGUACACAGCACAAAAUCAAAACAACUUUGAUGCAUAUAAAAACAAAUUCGAACAGCUGAAAAAGGAAUAUGAAGACAAGAAAAGUCGCCUUAUGAACCUUGACGUCAAAGGAUUGCAAAAUUUGCUGUCACGCCAAUCUUACGGUGGAGCGCAAUCUGUGUUUGGCUCAUCAAAUCCACAAACUCCAAACCCUUUCCAGUCUACUGGCAGCGUGUUUGGCUCCAACGCCAACCAGUCCCCAAAGCCGUUUGCUCAGACAAGCCUCUUUGGUCAGGCAACCACUCCUCAAAAGAGCAUCUUCGGCGGCAGCUCCCUUGCGACCAAUCCGCCAUCGGGCCUCUUCGCCUCGGCCACGACCACGGCCCAACCGGUUUUCGGUCAAACCGCACCUCUUUUUGCUCAGAAAAGCUCAUUUGGCCAGAGCUCUAAUCUUUUUGGACAGCAGUCCACAAGUUUGUUUAGUCAGGCGCAGGGGACGAGCUCCGUGUUCGGCCAAAGCGCGCAGCCGAGUUUGUUUGGCCAGAGCACGUUCGGACAACAGCAGCCAGCCCAGACAAGCAGUCUCUUCGGCCAAAGCGCGACUUUCAGUCAGCAGCCCAGCGCCCCUCAACCCACCUCGUUCGGCCAAAGCAAUCUUUUUAGCCAGACCACGCAGCCAGCCAGCGUUUUCGGACAAAGCGCUCCUUUCUCUCAGCCGGCAGCCACCACCGCGCAGAGCUCAAACAUUUUCGGCCAAAGUACUAACAGCAUUUUCGGCCAGGCGAACACUGCUACCUCCACGAGCACCGGCAGUCUCUUUGGUCAGAGCCCGGCCUUCAGCCAGCAAACAAAUCUGUUCGGCCAAACGGCGCCCAGCGUGUUCGGCCAGCCCGCCCAGCAACCGCAACAGCAACAACAGCCUGCGGGCCAGAGUCUAUUCGGCCAGACGGCGGCCAGUUCGUUCGGCCAGAAGUCCAUUUUCGGGCAAAGUCCCGCACAGCCGCCAGCUGCGACGAGCCUCUUUGGCCAGGCCGCAGCCACUCCCGCCGAAAGCGCCACGCCCGCGUUCGGCAGCCAGGCCCCAGCCGCCCCCGCGUUCGGCCAGACUCCGGGCCCGUUCUCGUCGCCGUUCACCCCUGCGAAGCCCCCAUCGGGCCUGUUCGCCGCAGCCGCUGCCAAUUCGCCCGCGUUCGCGCCCACCAGCACUGCCAGCGCCUCCCCGUUCGGCAACGUGCCCGCUUUCGGAGCUCAGCCGACCCCGCAGCAGCCCCAAGCUGCCCCUCUGUUCGAAUCGAAGCCGUUCGCUCCCGCGCAGGAAGCGAGCGUGUUUGCUCAGACGCCGGUAAAACUGAGUCCGUUUGGUCCUGCGGCGGCUGUGCCUGCUGGCAACCACUACUCGCCGCUUGAAGCGCUUACCAAUGAGCAAAUUGAACAGUUCAACAACUCCGAGUUCAAGCUUGGCUCAAUCCCUACCAUGCCGCCCGCAAGGCAAAUGUGCUGUUGAUGAUGAUGCACACGAACCCCUCCGCUUUCUAUUCUUUAUUGCAACUAACAAUCGUGUUUGCUUUAAAUAUCGGUUAGUGAGACAGCGGUUGUAAAUAAUGAAUUCGUUUGGUACCUGACUGCCUAAUGGCUUUAUAUGUUAUGAUAAGUCGGUUUGCCAUUCACUGACUCAAAUGUUCUUGUCCUACAUAAAUCUAGCACUGUCCUUUUAGGGGCAAGCUGACCAUGUAUUAAAUUUAGGUGUCCUGAUUAUAAAUUCAGCUGUGCUUCAUUAAAUCCUUUAAAAUAAUCAGUCUCUCAUAGCAAAGCACUAACAAUACGCUGUUGAUUAAGAACAGCAAUGACUUGUACAUAAUUAUUCACUCUAUGUCAUUAGGCCUAUAAUGUGCUUUACUUUAAAUUUAGGGCGUUAAACACACUGGCAGCCGAAAGCGUCACAUGUUUAAUUUCGAUAUAAAUGAGUAAGGAAAAGAAAUCAGAUUUUAAUGGAGCGAAAUAAAUAAACAAAAUGCAAGCAAU